AUGGGGUGUGCAUCUUCCAAACGCAUCGACGGCACGGAAGUCGCCGUAUACCAGCCACCGCCGACGAGCUUCGCCGUGUUCGACAUAAACUCCAUCGAAGAACCAUGGCUCAAACACCUCAACAACAACACCAACACCAACACCAACACCAUUUCUCAAGAAUACAAACCCGCUCUCCCUCCUCCUAUUCUCCACAUCCUCGACGCCACCGAGAAAUCUCCCCAAUCAUGGGAAGAUGUCAGCAAAACACUCCAACACCUUAAACCAGUUGUCCAACAAGAGAAAGAGAUAAAACCUCCUCAAACACCACCACUAACAUCUCCUCCGUCGUCACAACCACCACCUCCUCGCAAGGUUGCUUCCUUCCGAACACUUGAAGAACUAGAUGCGAAGCAAAAACAAAGCCCGGAGAAUAACAAGAACGAGUCACAAGCUCAAUCAACUACCGAUGGUGAUCCAUUGAGAACGAUAAAACCUACGUUGUCUUCGAAACUGAAGAACAACAUAUUCAUACAGAAAGACAUGUUAGAGAAACAAAAAGAAGAGAGAGAAUCGAAUUUCGAACGGUUAAGAAGGGACCCACUGAGUAACUACCCGGAGAAAGUUCCACCGAACGGAAACGACGCCGUGGUGAUAUACACGACGUCGUUAAGAGGAGUUAGAAAAACUUUCGAUAACUGCAACAAAGCGAGGGACUUAUUGGAGAAUCACAGGGUGAUAUUCGACGAGCGUGACGUGGCACUUCACGGAGAGUUUUUGAAGGAAGUGAAAGAGUUGUUGUUAACGGAGGAAGAGUCGGGGGUAGGGGUGGUUUUGCCGCGGGUGUUUGUGAAAGGGAGGUAUUUGGGUGGUUUGGAGGAGUUAACGGAGUUAAAUGAAACGGGGAGACUUGGGAGGAUAUUGAAUGCGACACGUGUGGAGAGAGGUGUUGGGAGACAAGGUUGUGGGGGGUGUGGUGGGGCUAGGUUUGUGCCUUGUUUGGAUUGUGGUGGAAGCUGUAAGUUGGUGAUUAGUGGGGUUGAAAUAAGUGAUUCCACACUGCAGAGGUGCCCUAAGUGUAAUGAGAAUGGGUUAGUUCAUUGCCCUGCUUGUCUUUGA